UCGGCGCAAAAAUCUGCUAUGAUUGCAGCUUCUACGAUACCCGCCAGAGAUUCGAGAGUGUCAUGGUCCUUUAUAUGGUUAUCAUGCUCACCGUCCAAAUCAUCAUUAUAUCCGCGGCGUCCAUGUGCUUUAGCCACACACAUAUGUUGCGUCACUCAUUCAACCAUGGGAUUAUGAAAUCGUUGAGGAACUACAAAAAUGGCGUGCAAGUGAAAAGAACAAUUGAUGCAUUAAAUUUAGAAUACAAUUGCUGCGGCGUUGGGAAUUACACUGAUUGGUUUAAUAUCUCUUGGAUCAGUAAUGGUUUUCUCGAUCUUAAAUCUCCUCAAGUACAAGCAAAAAUGAAAAAUAACCAAUAUUACACGGACGAUGUGCCAUUUAGUUGUUGUGACCCGAUGUCCCCCAGGCCCUGUAUACAUCAAGGCGUUCACAGUUUCAACAUGCACCCAAACUACAACGAAACCAAUGUGACAUUGUACAAGAGUGGGUGCAGUAUAAAAAUCAUGUUGUUCUUCGAUGACAUACUCUCUGGAUUCGGUGGCUCAAUAUUUUCAUCGUUGAUUGUUGAGUGGAUUGUGUUAAUUCUAAUGCGGUACCUUCAAUCGUCCAUACUCAUGGCACGAGAGUUGGGCGAGGCCAAGUGUCGGUCGCCAGGUUACCUGUGUGCUCAGUGUCCCUGUGGUUGUUGCGACGGAAGUCACACCGAUCUCAAGAAACUAGAGAAGGUGGAAGAAGAAUCCCCGAUCAACGAUCGACAAAUUGAGCACAAAUCUGAGCUGGCAUUAUUUCCUCGCAUUGGUAAUGAUGACGAGCCACAUAAUGAUGAAGGUAUCAACAAUUAUUACGAUGCUGAUGAUUAUUAUAACGGUUCAAAGUGGGAAUUAGAAUUAGACGAACUAAUUAAACUAAGCAGCUUCCAUGGAGACAAUCGAAAGAUUGAACAUUCAGAAAAACAAGGAUUUGUUCCUGUUCAAUAA